AUGUCCAUCGAUAUCGACAAUAGAAAAGUCCUUAUUAUCGGAGCAGGCUCGACUGGUCUGGCGUUGGCUCAGGGUCUGAAAAUGAAAGGGAUCCCAUUCACCGUCUAUGACCGAGACGCCAGCCCCGAAGCCCGCGAGCGCAACUGGUCCUUCGGCCUGCACUGGGGCAUCGAGCCCCUGCGUGGCCUGGUGCCAGCGCACAUCUACGCCCAGCUCGAGGCAGCACAAGUCGAUCCGCACAUCGACCUCGACGACCCCGUCACCAACCGCAUGCCUUUGCACAACGGCGCAACGGGCGACCUCAUCAUGGACAUCCAGUUCGCCAAGAUCUACCGUCUGCGCCGCGACAAGUUCCGCGCUAUGCUCCUCACCGACCUCGCCGAUGCCGAAGUGCAAUGGGGCAAAGAACUAGCCAACAUCACCUACUCCCCCGACGGCGCAAUAGUAACCGCGACCUUCACGGACGGCACCUCAGACACAGGCGCCAUCCUCAUCGGCGCAGACGGCGCGCACUCCAAAACCCGCACUCUGCUCCUCGGCUCAGAAAAAGCCAAAGUCACCCCGAUCGGCUUCGCCUCAACCAUGUGCUUCACAAGACACACCCGCGAGCGCGCCCUCUUCCUCCGCGCCCCGCCGCACCACCCGCUCUACCAGGCCGGCCCACACCCAGACGGCUACAGCGCCUGGCUGGGCCUGCAGAACGGCGAGGACAAGGACCAUCCGGAGAACUGGGUGUUCUUCCAGUUCAUCUCGUACCCCGAGCCGCGGGACGAGAUCAACACGCGCACGGACGAAGAGCUCGUGCGCCAUGUUAAGGACCUCGCGAGGGGCUUCGCGGACCCCUGGCGCAGCGCGUUCGAGUGGAUGUCCGACGGUACGCCGGUCUGGUAUUCUAAGCUGCGCAACUGGGAUCCCAGUCUGCCGGGGCAUCGGUGGGAGAAUCAGCGGGGACGGGUCACGCUUGCUGGGGACGCGGCGCAUCCGAUGACGUUUCAGCGGGGGCAGGGCGUUAACCAUGCUGUUUUGGAUGCGGGGCGGGUUUGUGAGGCGCUUGGGGCUGUUUGGGGUGGGUUGACGGUUGAGGGGAGGGAGGGGGCUGUGAAGGGGUUUGAGGAGGAGAUGGUGCGCAGGUCGGGCGAGGAGGUUCGGGCGAGUGAGGCGAAUAGUGUCUUGCUCCAUGACUGGAGUAGAUUGGUGGGAGUGCGUGAGUAA